GCUCAAUCCAUCCAUUCAGGCUUUCAACCCACACGACACACUCACCCACAGCUCCGACUUUCUCACCAAAAUCUGUAGGAGAGAGAGAGAGACGCAACAACAAUGUCGACUUCCUUAUCCUCCCUCACCUUCUCCUUCUCUUCCCUCUCCUUUUCCUCCCAUAUUUCCCACAAACCAAACAGCCUCUCUUUUCACCGGCCCAGGUCCCUCUCCCUCUCGCACCUGUCCGCUCCCCCUUCUCUCGUCUUCCUCGCCUCCGCCGCCCCCCCGGCAGAGCUUGAGACGACGGACCUAAAGAAGUACGUUAAAUCCAGGCUUCCCGGUGGCUUCGCCGCCCAAACAAUUAUCGGCACCGGCCGCCGAAAAUGUGCCAUUGCUCGCGUCGUCCUCCAAGAAGGUACCGGCAAAGUUAUCAUCAAUUACCGUGACGCCAAGGAAUAUCUUCAAGGCAAUCCAUUGUGGCUUCAGUAUGUCAAAGUCCCAUUGGUAACUUUGGGAUAUGAAAGUAAUUACGAUGUUUUUGUCAAAGCUCAUGGGGGAGGACUCUCUGGUCAAGCUCAGGCAAUCUCCCUGGGCAUUGCUCGUGCACUGCUAAGGGUAAGUGAGGACCACAGAAGACCUCUGAGAAAGGAAGGGCUUCUGACCAGGGACUCCAGAAUUGUUGAGAGGAAGAAAGUUGGUCUCAAGAAAGCUCGCAAAGCCCCACAGUUCUCCAAACGUUGAGAAAUCACGGGGUGCUGUUUUUCGUGGAAGUUGCUCUUUAUUGGAAUUCCUCAACAGAUUGAUCUUUAUUUUGUUAACCAAAGUUGCUCUACAUAUUACUUUCCAACCUAGUCGGAUUGCCAUUCUUUUUGCAAGUUUGGCAUUAUCAUGUUCAUGUCUUGACUACUUUAACGUGGUUAGGUGGGCGUGACCAAAUCUUCCACACUUUACCGGAUCUGGGAAUGCUCAUUGUUCAAUGGCUUCCUCCAACUAGUGUUCUUCCUUAUUUUCUUUACCUAAUGAACCACUUUAUUUCUGCAAAUCUCGUCUUCUCUUUUCUUUCAACUUUCUCCUCAUAUUUCAUCUCAUUUUAUGAAUGUAAAAAAACUUUAUGCAUUAUACGUUAUGAAUGUAAAUAACGUAUUUAAAUGUUCUUUA